AUGGCUUCAAUACCAUCAAAGGAUUCUUUAAAAAACAUUUUCUUCGACGAAAAGGCAGCUCUCAAGUUUCUCCAAGACGAGAAAAAAAUUAAAAAGGAAAUGGAUUGUUCUGCAUGUAAAAGCUUAACUACUUUUCGAAAAGCGAAACUUCUCUUCAGAUGCACGAAAAAAAGUUGCGGAAAGAGCAUAAGUGCUAAGAAUAAAACAUUUUUCGCUGGCCAGUGCUUUCCACUUCGCAAGAUUCUUCACAUGGCUUACUUAUGGUUGUGGAAAAAUCCAGUAAACUCCAUUAAAGGUCAGUGUGAAGUCAGUAGUGCGACUGUUUGCUCAUUUUUGGGCUAUUUUCGUCUACAUGUGGUAGAUGCCUUAGAAACCGAAGAAUGUGUUAUCGGUGGAGAAGACAUCGUUGUGGAACUAAGCGAAACCAAGAUGGAUAAACGGAAGUACAAUAAGAGGCACCUUGUAAAUGAAGUCUGGGUUGUAGGUGGUGUGGAAAAAACGGAGGAAAGAAGCGUUUUCGCUGUUUCUCUUGAAAAACGGGAUAGUGAAACGCUUCUUGACGUCAUAAAGAAGCACAUCAAACCUGGCUCCAUCAUUCACACUGAUCGUUGGCGAGGUUACGAAGGAAUUAAGGAAAAAUUGGGGUUCAAGUACUAUACGGUAAACCAUAGUGUAAGUUUUAAGGAUUCAGAAACUGGUAUUCAUACGAAUACCAUAGAAGGAACGUAG